AUGGCUGUAAAAUUGGAUGAAGCUAUUGAGGAUGAAAAUGCUAAAAUCCUUCACAACUCACUGGUAGCAAAAAUCUUUGGAAAGGACAUCCCUCCUCAUAUAGUGGCUUGGGAAUUGAGGAGGCAAUGGGCUCAAUAUGGUCAAUUCCAUUUCACUUCCUUAGGUAUGGGGUGGUUUUUAUGCUCAUUCAAAAGAGAAGAAGCUUUUGAGGAAAUUAUAUCAGGAGGCCCUUGGUUUGUCAAUGGCCAUAUUGUUGGUAUGGAAAAAUGGACCCCUGGUUUUUCUCCAUCAUCAUUGAAGGGUCUAACCUCCCCAGUCUGGAUUAGACUACCUCAAUUGCCUUUGCAAUGUUGGGACAAGGUAAAUGUGGCAAGGAUAGCCUCUAUGGUAGGAGUUCCAAUGAUGCUUGAUGGUAAUAUGUUUCAAUGGGGAAGAAGGGAAUUUGCGAGAAUCUGUGUUCGUGUGAAGUUGGAUAAACCUCUUCCAUUAGGAGUUUGGGUGGAUAGUAUGGCGGGAAGAUUUUUUCAAAAUGUUGAAUACGAAAAAAUCUCGUCAUUUUGCUUUGAUUGUGGUAUGAUUGGGCAUGUGAAGAUGGAAUGCAAGAAGUCUAAACCAUUGCUCAAAGAUCAGGUGACUGAAGGUACCAAAGAUAAGGUAGAUAUCCAAGGUAUGAAGGGGAUGAACAGAAACUCUACAUAUCGUCCAUGGAUCCUUGUUAAUUAUAAUAAAAACAAUAGAGGAUAUAGAGGAACUAGUAAUAAGUUCCCUGCUCAGAGAAUUACCAGCAAGCAGAGGAUGGAUAAUGUAAACACAAAAGAGGCAGAUAACUCAGUUGGUAUGGCAGGAAAGGUGUUAGAAGAUAGUAUGAAGGUGAAUACUGUGGAAGUUAUCUGA